UCAAUCCUACGAUUAUGGUUCAGUAAUGCACUAUCACCAGCGAUCAUUUUCAAAUUCUUCGAAUAUGAAAACAGUUGUCCCAAAGCAAAAAGUUAAAAAUGCAACUUCAAUGAUUGGAUACAAUACUAAAAUCAGUUCUGGCGAUUCAGUUACAACAAAUAUUUUGUACCAGUGUCCCAAAUGUGGUGGAACAUUAUUAGAGCCCAGUGGCAUUUUUCACUCUCCAAGAAACCCGAAUGGGUCACUAGUGGGUUCAGAACGUUGUGAAUGGAGAAUAAAGGCUGCCGAAGGUGAAAAAAUUGAAAUUUUCAUAACAGGAUUAAGUAUUUACGAGAGUCCUGAUUGUACAGUUGAUUAUUUGGAAAUCAAAAACGGUUAUAGAACUGAUGGUCAAGUGCUGGCUCGUUAUUGUGGAGAUAGUUAUACAGCCUAUGUAAUUGCUAGUAAUCAUUUGCUAGUGACUUAUGUAAAAAAAAGUGACAAAAGUAUUCAUAAUAGUUUCCAAGUGGAUUACAAGACUAUCUGUGGAGGUGAUGUUAAUCUUGAAAAAGAUAUACCUUUCAAUAUAGAAUCAACUAAUUAUCCUGACGAGUAUCCGCCAAAUAGACGUUGCAUUUGGUACUUUACAGCACCAGACAAUCAUCGUAUAACAAUGAAGAUCAAUUUCUUUGCUCUUGAAAUGAGUGACGGUUGUAAAAAUGAUUUUCUCGAAAUAAGUGACGGUAAUGAUAGACAUGCAACUCUUAUUGGACUUUAUUGCGGUACUAAAUACGUUUCUGAAGUCAAUUCAACAGGAAAUGAAUUGUCAGUUGUAUUUGUGAGUAAUGACCUAAAGCAACAUUUCGGGUUUUCUUCUACCCUCACGGCUAUUCCUGUUGAAAAUUAAUUUAAUAAAUUACGUUUUGUAUAUUUCUUUAAAGUCUCUAUUUAAAUUGUUAUUUUACCAUAUUUACAAUGUGCAAUAAUUGAUAUUGUGGGCUUAUAUCCCAUGAUUUAAAGUAAUUACUAUACGGAAAAAAAGUACUGUUGCUGCAACAGGACAUGGCCCUGUAGUUGCAACA